AUGGAAAGAGGAAGCUUGCAAGCAGCUAGAGAAGCCAGCUCUAACAACCAGCCACAACACAAAGCACCAAAAAGAGACCAACUUCCCCGGUGCAAACUAAAAGAGAGGAUCAGAAUCGCCGGAGCUGAGACCUCAGCACUACAAGCUACACCUAAAACAGCAACACACAAACAGAGCCUCCAAACAAACCGGAAUCGCAGAAUCUCUAGAUCCGAAACGCUAACUCGUCAAAUCGCCGACGAGAAGGAAGCCAAACCACUGAGUGGAGCCACUGGGGGGCCUCUCCCGGUCACGGCGAAGAGCACCGAUGACCGGAGAAACAAAGGCGGCGUAGAUCUAGGUUUUGCGAAAGGUAAAGGGUUGAAGGAAAAGUCGUCCGCGAGUGGAUGCCACGCACGUCGACUUCUUCUUUUGAUGAUAUUAGCUAACUAUAUUGGAAGUAUAGAACCUAUAAAGAAUAUUUCUCGAAUGUAA